AAGAAGAAGCAGAAGAGCCUCACUGAGUGUUUAUGUUCAGUUUAACGAGUGGAAACUUGUUAAACCUCCGGUAAACAUCCAACUAGAUAACGUUUACACCGCCGGUAACCGGAGCGGACACACCGGGAGAUGAGAAGGCUUUAGGACGAGCUGUAACUUUGGUGAUGUGUAUACCGGCGCUGAUGUAGACGCUCUGAGGGUGACAGUGGGAAAGUCCUCACCCUUCUUCCCCCCCUCUCCCUGAAAGCUGCACAGAUGUUUUCGCUCGGUCAGGAAAACAUCCUCACCUCCCCUGCUUCCACCAAAGGACCAGUCAAAUAUGGAGAGCUCAUUGUGCUGGGGUGUAACGGCUCCCUGCCCAACGGUGACAAGGGGAGGAGAAAGAGUCGCUUCGCUCUGUACCGCAGGAACAAGGCCAGCGGUGUGAAACCCAGCACUGUCCACUCAUGCAGCACACCUCAGGCUUCCAAGGCUGUAAGCAACAAGGAGCAGCACAGUAUUUCAUACACUCUGUCCCGGGUACAGACGGUGGUGGUGGAGUACACCCACGACAGCAACACAGACAUGUUCCAGAUUGGUCGUUCGACAGAGACUCCCAUUGACUUUGUGGUGACAGACACACUGCCCGAUGGUCAGGGCCAUGCUGACGGUCAGACGGUUCAGAGCACCAUCUCCCGUUUCGCCUGCCGCAUCAUCUGCCAAAGAGACCCUCCUUACACGGCACGGAUCUACGCCGCAGGCUUCGACACUUCCAAGAACAUCUUCCUCGGUGAGAAAGCAGCGAAGUGGAGGAUGCAGGACGGUCAGAUGGACGGACUGACCACCAACGGUGUUCUGGUGAUGCACCCGCGCCACGGCUUCAUCCAGGGCUCUAAACCUGGUCUGUGGAGGGAAAUGUCCGUCUGCGGCAACGUCUUCACGCUGCGGGAAACCAGAUCAUCUCAGCAGAGGGGCAAGAUGGUGGAGCCUGAGUCUAACGAGCUGGUGGACGGGUCUCUCGUUGACCUGUGCGGUGCCACGCUGCUGUGGCGGACAGCAGAGGGCCUGGCACACACGCCCACCGUCAAACACCUGGACCUGCUGCGGCAGGAGCUGAACGCCGGGCGGCCGCAGUGUCCCGUGGGCUUCAACACGCUGGCCUUCCCCAGCAUGCGCCGUAAAGACGUCGUGGACGAGAAGCAGCCCUGGGCCUACCUGCGCUGCGGCCACGUGCACGGCUACCACGGCUGGGGGGGCCGCCGCGACCCCGAGGUGGAGGCGGAGUGUCAGGAGAGAGAGUGCCCCAUGUGCCGGACGCGGGGCCCCUACAAGCCGCUGUGGCUGGGUUGCGAGGCGGCCUUCUACGUGGACGCGGAGCCCCCCACCCGCGCCUUCGUCCCCUGCGGUCACGUCUGCUCGGAGAAGACGGCGGCGUACUGGAGUCAGAUCCCGCUGCCGCACGGCACGCACACCUUCCACGCCGCCUGCCCGUUCUGCAUCCAGCCGCUGAGUGGAGAGUCCGGCUGCAUCAGACUCAUCUUUCAAAGCCCGCUGGACUAGAAACCUCUCAGACUUCUUAUCUCAAGCCUUAACCAACAGAAGGGUGAACAGAACUAUAUGCUUUGAGUUUUUUUUCAUAACUUAAUUUUUUAUAACUUAAUUUAACUUAAUUUUGACCAAAAUAAAUGCAUUUAUUGUGUUGAUUCCUGCCCUUUUUUGAAUAUCAUAUAUGUUUCAGGCUUUGUUGUCUGUCCUCCUUUAUAGUGGUGAAAGUUCUUCCCUAGCUGGACAAAACUGUGAUGAUGCCUCACACUUUUUUAUUUAUUCCUUUACCUCUUCAGUAAUGUGUUUUGUAAAUCAAUGCAGAGUUUACCAGCAGUAAUGUCUCACCUUGCCUUAAAGAGCCAUUAACACUAAGACGUGAUCCCCAGUUUGGUUUCAGUCCAGUGUUUUAUUGUCUCACUGUGCUCCAGUUCUUGUUUCUAAAGGCGUUUCUGUGGGAAAUAAGAGUUUUUAAGCAGGAAAAUGUGACACAAACUCAAACUUUUCGUGAUCCAUAACAUAUUUCUGUAUUUGAUCAUUUUCUCUGAAAAAGUGACCUUCCUCUGUAAUGCUGUUGCCUCUUUGAACACAGAAUAACUGUAUUUUAUGAUCUUAAUACCAGCUUUGUAUCAUAACAUAACAGAAAUAUAUUUCUUGGGAAACGUUUUAA